CGCCCCUCCUCGCUCUCCCCCCUCGGAAGGGAAUGGAGCGCGGCCUGAGGAGGCCGUAAUCAGAGCGCGCGGCCGCGGCGGGGCAGCGGCGUGGGCGGGGGAGGUGGGCGGCCGUUGGCGGCGGCCAGGCCCGAGGGGCGCGUGCAGGUGCCUGGGGGGCCCCCGUCGCGGGCCUGUGACAGGAGCUUCGUGCCGGCUCCGCGGUGAAGCUGGUGGCAUACGCGCCUUGGUCACCUGCGUAGUUAUGCGCAAGAGAACUGUUCUUCAGGUGGAGUAGUUUUCCAAUGCAGUUCACUAUGGGUUCUGCAAACACCUGCACCAGCAUGAAGUUGUAAGAGAGAGUUGGAGAAAGACAAGAUUGUGUCUUCUGGCAGCAGCGACAGCUGAAGGUGUUCAGCCAGUCAGAGCCUCAAGUGAAAAGAAAGAACUGAAGAGAAUACAAACUAUGAAAGUAUUGGUUGUUGGCCUUGGAGGUGUAACAAAUGGGGGGAAAACAACACUGGCAGAGAAGCUUAAGAAAAUUCUUCCCAACUGUGAUAUAAUCUCUCAGGAUGACUUCUUUAAGCCGGAAUCUGAAGUAGAGACAGAUCAACAUGGAUUUAAGCUAUACGACGUACUUGAUGCCCUCUAUAUGGAUGAAAUGGUGAAAAGUAUUCACAGUCAGAUGAACAGCCCAGCAAGCUUGCGCGUCUUGACUGAAGAAUCACAGACUACAUGUAUCAAUCCGAAAAAUACAGAAGACGUUUAUAUUUUAAUUGUGGAAGGCUUUCUUUUAUAUAAUUAUGAGCCACUUAAUGAACUGUGGGAUAGAAGAUAUUUUCUGACCUUUCCUUAUGAAGAGUGCAAAAGGAGGAGGAGAACUAAUAUGCACGAACGUGUGAACAGAACGGAGAGGCAGUUUAGAUCUCUCCCAGCUAACCAACAGAGUCUUCUCCCUCAAUUUCUUCCUCACCUUGACAAGAUUCGGAAGUGCAUUGAUCAUAAUCAACAGAUACUACAGACCAUUGUGAAUGAUUGCGUUCAUAUGUUUGAAAAUAAAGAAUAUGGAGAAGAUGGAAGAGGGAAGAUUACACCAGCCUCAACAUUUGACAUGGAUAAAUUAAAGUCUACUUUGAAACAAUUCGUAAGAGACUGGAGUGAAGAGGGUAAACCCGAAAGAGAUUCCUGCUACCAGCCAAUCAUUAGUGAAAUUGUAAAGAACUUUCCAAAAGAGAGAUGGGAUUUCUCCAAAGUUAAUAUCCUGGUACCUGGUGCUGGGCUAGGUAGAUUGGCGUGGGAGAUAGCUAUGCUCGGUUAUGCUUGCCAAGGAAAUGAAUGGAGCCUCUUUAUGCUCUUUUCUUCUAACUUUGUACUCAACAGAUGCUCUGAAAUCAACUCAUGUAAACUUUAUCCCUGGAUUCAUCAGUUUAGCAAUAACAGAAGAUCUGCUGAUCAGAUACGACCAAUUUAUUUCCCUGAUGUUGACCCUCACAGUCUUCCUUCUGGUGCGAACUUCUCUAUGACAGCAGGAGAUUUUCAAGAAAUUUACUCUGAGUGCAAUACAUGGGACUGCAUAGCGACCUGCUUCUUUAUAGAUACGGCACAUAAUGUUAUUGAUUAUAUUGAUACAAUAUGGAAAAUACUAAAGCCUGGAGGAAUAUGGAUAAAUGUAGGUCCUCUCCUUUACCACUUUGAAAACUUGGCAAAUGAGCUUUCUAUAGAAUUAAGCUAUGAGGAUAUAAAAAAUGUUAUACUGCAGUAUGGAUUCCAUAUCGAGGUGGAGAAAGAAUCUGUAUUAUCAACAUACACUGUGAAUGAACUCUCCAUGAUGAAAUACUACUAUGAAUGUGUGUUGUUUGUCGUGAGAAAACCAGAAUAAAAGUGGUUUGAAUAGGUUAAUCAGAAAAAAAUGUUGGCUCAAAUGCUAAAAUUGAAAACAAAACUGACUGGGUGAUGUCUGGACACAACCUCAAAUCAGUGGUGCCUUCUUAUUCCUAAUUAGGAUUUAGAUAGUGUCUAUUUUCUUAAUCUCUAUUGCUAUCCAGACACGUACUAUGCCAUGCAUAUUUGUACUAUACUAAUGAAAAUGGAGGGGGAAAUGUUCACAUACACUGUCCUUGUGCUUUGGAAUGCAUUAAAAAAAAAUUUCUUGAGUAUAAAAUUUUAUAUUUGCCCUAACCAUGCUAAUUCUCCACAUAUGCUGCCUCAGUUCUCAUAAAUUUAUAAUUUUUUUAAUUUUGUGAUAUUAGCAAUGCUUAGAGGUACUUAUUGUACUAGCUUUGUCACAGUUUAAGGAAGUAUGUCUAAAUAUGCACUUGAAAUUAUGCAGUCUAAAAUGAUUGAAAAGAGGUAAAAUGUUUCUUGGAAGAUAUAAUAACCAUCAGAACUGUUAGACAGCAUUUUCUGUGGAACUGGAAAUAGGAACAAAGACUAUUGUACAAAUGCUAAUCUUCAAAUCUGACUGUUAACAAUGUAAUUAAAACAAUCUGUAGGCAAUUUGAAAUAAUAUGUGAAAGCAGAGUACUAAGUGAAGAACAUGUCAUAGAGGAGCAGUAAACUAACCUCAGUUCAGGAUUAACACCAAUUGUGAUUAAUCUGUUGGUGUUGAAACUGAAAUAUUGAAUGCUUUGCAGACUUAAAAUGUACUGGUUUUGAGUCACCUGCCUACUACUAAAGUUAAAGAUGUGGAAGCAAUAUAUUUUGUUAAAGAUAAUUAAACAACAGAAAGUCCGGUUAUACUUUUGAGCUCUUCUUUUUAAAAAAAAUUUAUAGUAUAGCUGACUUGCCCAUGCCAUAAACGGGUAGUGGGCAAAAGGAAAUCCCUUUUUCUCCUUCUACCCCCCCACCCAAAAAGUUGCAUAUAAACAAGAUGUACUGUAACCAAAACACCAUCUUGUCUGAGUUGGCAUAUGCAGGCCAAUUGGUAGAUAAUUUGGAUGCAACUUCAAGGCAGUUUACCCAUGCUACUGUGAAGUCUACCUCUUGCUUCCUUAUCUUAAUUUUUUCCUGGCAAAUAAGGUUUAGGUGGAUAUUUUAUCUACAAAACCUGACAUUAUACAAGAGAGAUGGAGGCUUCUGUCACUUAAAUAGGUAAAUGAGAAAACAUUAGUUAAUAAUUACUGUGCUAAGAGGAGGUAUCAUAUUAGCCAUUUGUUUUUUGUUCCUAUUAAUAUGAUCGUUAACUUAGGUACCACUUUCAUCCUUUUUCAAACAACCUCAGUUGUUUUCAGUUAUUUAUAUAGUCCCUUUUUCAUGGUGUUGGCCUAAUCACAUCUUUUUAAUAGGGGCUAUAUCCAUUAUAAGAUUUUGGAUUUCUUCUGUUAAGGCAGGGAAAUUGUGCCUUCAUUUCUUUUUUAAUCGAAAGUUUGCAUGGAGAGAAAAACACAUCUUUACCUUUGAUAUAGUCUCAACACUGCAUAAGAGAGAGAGCCUGUGGAUGUUUCAGUACUAUGUUGUUUUCUGCUCAGAAUCCUUAUCAAGGCUAAAGGCUUCUGAACCACAAACAUUUUCAUUGGAGCUUUAACUUAAAAUAGUCUUUGAACUGUCUCCUCUUCUUAAAGGUGUACCACCAAGAUUUAGCUCUGUUAAUGAAUACUUGAAAUUUAACCCUGUUCCAAGAAAGACCAAUUUAAAGCUGAAACGCUGCCAUUAUAAUAACUAGAUACAAAAACAAGCCCUUGCUCUCACCUCAAAGUCUUCUGUUGCUUUGAUUUCCUUAUUGUACUACUUCAAUUUUUUUCUAUGAACUUUGUGAUUCCUUGCCUUCAUUCAGUUUUUUUCUUAUAUAAAAAGUGAUUAGCAUUUUAUUCAAAUUUCAAGCUCUUUGAAAUAAGACAAGGUUAGGUAAAUGUUAAUUAUGCAGUUGCUGAGUAUUUACAUCUGUAAUAUUGCCCAAUUUCUGCCUCUUUUAACCAGCCUGUAGUUGCUCUUGAAAUGUGGUGUUACUGUUUUUACAAAUAGACCAUUGAACUUUUUGCAUUGACUAAAUCUCAGUAUCUUUUGUUCUCUUGGGUUUGUUCUUCACUACCCCUGUUGUUGAAAGUGCCAUUUUUUUGCUUUGCUUUUGGAAAAUAUAUGUUUUUAUUGACUUAUGUCAGGUAUAUAGUGAUGCGCUUCUAUUUUUAAUUUAGAAAAUGCCAAUUUUCCCUGAUGCUUCCCUUUUGAAAUGUAACAGUUGCGUUAAGAGUUGGAAGCAGAAUAAUCUUGUGAAUGAAUUGUAUGAGUUGACUAGUGUUUUUUACCUGCAGUCUUAUUUAUGAGUUCUUAAAAUUCAUCAUUUGUAUUUUUAUGGACAGGGAUAAAUGUGUAUUAUUCAGUGUGAUUGCAUUCUUCUCUUAAUUGUAUACAGAGGGGGAAAAAAAUGCAUAACUUGUUUAUCAGCUGAAGCCAAGAUGAUUUAGGUCACUAUUAAACUGUAUGUGGUAUUGAGUGUAAAAUAUAAAAUGCUGCAUAAUCUGCAGUGUAAUACUUCUUUUUACGUUUGUCAAGCUUACCCCAUAUAGUGUCCUGUAUUUUUAUUUAUAUGUACUACAUUCUAAAAUCAGUUACGGAGAUAAGAAUUGGAAGUUCCAUGUCUUGGUGUGAACUUUCCUCUAUUUUUAAUGUGUAUAAUGGACUUGAUUUUUCUUGGAUAUUAAAGUUUGCUGUAUGACUUGA